CAUCAUCAAAAAUUACUCCGAUAUAACUUUAAUUUGAACAUAUUAGUCAAUUUUAUUAAAUUAUCUUACAUUCAUAGUUCUCUACUACUCCUGUUCAAUGACUCCAAUUAGCAGCACUACAAUCAGCGAUGCAUUUCACAAAUUAGACCCUAAGCCAUCUACGGGGGGUUAUCUACCUGAUCUGCAUUCAUUCACAGGCUCUCAGACUCUCUCAGCGCCCGUAUUUCCUAUCAAAUUCGUUUACAAAGAUUCAGGGACAGCUCCACUUCGUCAACAUUUCGUCGAUCUGUGUCCAGAAGGUCAUAUAUUACUCUUGUGUCCACCAGAAGACUCAACAAACGCCUGCUUUGGUGGCCUUCUUGCAACUGCCGCAGCUGCGCAAUCCGUAGCAGGCGUAGUCGCGAAUGGUCGUGUAAGAGAUCUCGAUGAAUUAGAAGACAGCGGCCUUACAAUUUUCGCCAAAGGUACCAGUGUCUGUGGCCAGGCACCUUUUCUGGCCCCUGUAAGUGCAGGCGAAACAGUCGAGAUUACUCACCCUAAUGGACACAAAAUUACUAUCAAGUCAGGUGAUCAGCUCUUUGCUGAUAGGAACGGUGUCAUAGUUGUCGAUUCUACUCGAAUGAACGAAAUUGAGGCUAUAGCAGCCAAAUCUGAACAAACCGAUGAGCUUUGUAGACAAGCACUUGCAAAAGGUGACAGUGUCAAGGAAGUUUUUGCUAAGUAUCGCGGAAAAUGAUUUUACGAUGCGUGUAUUACGAAUUCAUGAAUGUUGUUAUAUUGAUCUAU